AUGAAGCAGAUCUUGAGCGCUCCGCAGCCUGCAGAGGCUGCUCCAGACAGGGCCACGAGGACCGUGAGCGUUCAUUGCCUGGCAGGUUCCAGCUUUGAGCUGGACAUCAACUCUGCAGAAACGGGGUGGGAGGUAGCGAAGCGCAUCGCAGCCGAAGUUGGCCACCCUGCAGGUUUACUUGUGUUGACAUCCCGUGGUGAUGUUAUCGAUCAGCGCCAGCUGCUGCUGCAUCAAGUCCAGCGCGACGAGAUCUCGUACGUGGUGCGAAAGCUUGGCGCGGGUCGUGUCGCGAUGCUUUGGGAGCGCCUACUUGAGGAGAAGGCUCUGGCUGAUGACGCGGCCCUGAACGAAACGAUGUCCUUCACAUGGUAUUCCGACCAAGCGGUCCAGCAGGGCAUCCAACUACCCAGCAGCAUGCAGAGCUUGACGUUUGGAGACGAGUUCAACCAGAGCUUAGAGGGCAUCCAACUACCCAGCAGCCUGCAGAGCUUGACGUUUGGAGACGAGUUCAACCAGAGCUUGGAGGGCACCCAACUACCCAGCAGCCUGCAGAGCUUGACGUUUGGAGACUCGUUCAACCAGAGCUUGGAGGACAUCCAACUACCCAGCAGCCUGCAGAGUUUGACGUUUGGUUUCCGGUUCGACCAGAGCUUGCAGGGCAUCCAACUGCCCAGCAGCCUGCAGAGUUUGACGUUUGGCUAUGCAUUCGACCAGAGCUUGGAGGGCAUCCAACUACCCAGCAGCCUGCAGAGCUUGACGUUUGGAUCCGAGUUCAACCAAAGCUUGGAGGGCAUCCAACUACCCAGCAGCCUGCAAAGCUUGACGUUUGGCUUUAGCUUCAAUCAGAGCUUGCAGGGCGUCCAACUACCCAGCAGCCUGCAGAGUUUGACGUUUGGUUUCCGGUUCAACCAGGGAUUGCAGGGCAUCCAACUACCCAGCAGCCUGCAGAAUUUGACCUGUGGCGCGUGGUGUUAUCAGAGCUUACAGGGAAUUCGGCUACCCUGCAGCCUUCACGGUUUGACGUUUGGCCUCAAGUUCAACCAGAGCUUGGAGCCCAGCCUGCAGAGCUUGACGUUUGGAGACUCGUUCAACCAGAGCUUGGAGGACAUCCAACUACCCAGCAGCCUGCAGAGCUUAAGGUUUGGCCAUGCAUUCAACCAGAGCUUGGAGGGCAUCCAACUACCCAGCAGCCUGCAGAGCUUGACGUUUGGCUAUGAAUUCAACCAGAGCUUGCAGGGCAUCCAGCUACCCAGCAGCCUGCAGAGUUUGACGUUUGGUUUCCGGUUCAACCAGAGCUUGCAGGGCAUCCAACUACCCAGCAGCCUGCAGAGUUUGACGUUUGGCUAUGCAUUCGACCAGAGCUUGCUGGGCAUCCAACUACCCAGCAGCCUGCAGAGCUUGACGUUUGGAUCCGAGUUCAACCAAAGCUUGGAGGGCAUCCAACUACCCAGCAGCCUGCAGAGUUUGACGUUUGGUUUCCGGUUCAACCAGAGCUUGCAGGGUAUCCAACUACCCAGCAGCAUGCAGAGCUUGACGUUUGGAGACGAGUUCAACCAGAGCUUGGAGGGCAUCCAACUACCCAGCAGCCUGCAGAGCUUGACGUUUGGAUCCGAGUUCAACCAAAGCUUGGAGGGCACCCAACCACCCAGCAGCCUGCAGAGCUUGACGUUUGGAGACUCGUUCAACCAGAGCUUGGAGGGCAUCCAACUACCCAGCAGCCUGCACAGCUUGACAUUAGGUGGCGAUUUCAACCAGAGCUUGCAGGGCAUCCAACGACUCAGCAGUUUGCGAAGCUUCACUUCACGGAAUUUUGGUGUAGCCACGUGGUGA